AUGGCUCCCCCAACGCCCGGAGUAACGAAGCGCAGGUCGCGCGUAUUUGUGCGCACCUGCCCUUCCAUAACCCAUGCUACCGCUGCAAUCGCAGCCAUGAUGCCGACCACCACGCCGCCAUUUAGUGGCGCAACCCACCGGCCGCCCGCUUUCCCGCUGCCCCUGCCCCAACUUCCGGGAACAGAGGCCGCGGCAAAGAGGACUGCCACGCCGCCGGAGCGGCCCCCGCCGCAACUCCGCACAAGGAUCAGCCCGCCCGUUGCACUCUCCAUGCCCUCACUGGACAUGGAGACAACGCCGCCGCGAACCUUCACCUUCGCGCCCACCAACCCCUUUUCGCCGCCCUCCAUGUCCAGGCCGGACACGGAGAAAACACCGCCGCGAUCAUACGCGGCGAAGACCGCCCAGCAGCCGCCGCUCGCCCCCGCGAGCAGGAAAGUCCCGCCCAUAGUGGUGGACCAGCUGCCGAACUGGCCGCACCACUUCCGCCAGCUGCGGGAGAUGCUGGGCCACGCUCCAAACGCGCGCCCCUACGGCAAAGGCGUACGGUUCAUGGCAAGAACCGAGGGGGAGUUCAGGCUCUACCAGAGUUACCUCACCAACCUGGAGAGAGCUUCUGGACUCUCCUGGUUUGCCUACGCACCCCCGGCGGAACGCUCGCUCAAGCUAGCGAUCCUCGGCCUGCCCGCGAACACGAAUCCCACCGACCUGGAGGAGGAGCUGCGCAACCUGGACCCCACCAGCGAGCCGACCGCGCGGAGCUCGCUUAUGGCCGCGGCGAACGGCCCAGACGGGCCCAAGCCGCGCAGGCCGAAGCGCAUCCGCGCGAGGGCAAAGCCUGCCCCUGCAACCACUAUGACUGUCGAGCCGCAGCCGACACCGACGCCGAACCAAGCGGUCGCCGCCCCCCCCCGGCGGGGGGAAGAAGGCGAAGCCCCCAGCGGAAUUACCAUCGGCUCCAUCCAGCGAAAAACUGGAAGUGUUGGAGCAGACGAUCCAGCUGCUCCACAACAUCCUCGCUGCCAUCCGCUCACGGACUGA